CGAAUGGAAGACAUGUGGUAGUGUUUGUUUCGUGCAUAUUUGGAUAGCUGAGAAUUAUGUAUUUUUGCGCAAAUAUUAUCACUCAUGUUAGUUAAUCGUUAUCAAAUAUUACGAAAUGAUUAUCAGCGAUCUGGCAAAGAUUCGCGCGUUUCUUUUAAAGAAUAGGCGAAACUUAUUUAUUUAUUACGUAAGGAAUGUGAAUGUAAGGAAACAACACUGGCAUAAAAGAAACGUCGGCGAUUAUUCUGAAGAGUCGACGACUCAUUUUGGCUUUGAUACUGUUACAGAAAAAGAGAAAUCCGAGAAAGUAUAUUCAGUAUUUUCCAAUGUUGCUUCAAAAUACGAUUUAAUGAAUGAUGUCAUGAGUGGAGGUAUUCAUCGUCUUUGGAAAGAUGAAUUAAUUCAAACUUUAAAUCCAAUUCCUGGAACAAAGCUUUUAGAUGUGGCAGGUGGAACAGGUGAUAUUGCAUUCAGAUUUCUGAAAUAUUCAAGAUUGGAAAAUCAAGACACUUCUGUUAUUAAUGAUAUUCCAAAUCCAUACAGUGAGAUUGUUGAAAAUGAACAAAUAGAAAGUGAUACUUUUAGUUCCCAAGUCGUAGUUUGUGAUAUUAAUUCUGAUAUGUUAAAUAUUGGAAAAGAAAGAGCAAAAGAAAGUGGAUUUCAAUCAGGAUAUGAUCACAUUUACCUGCAUGCACUUACAGAAGCUUUUAGGGUUCUUAAAAAGGGAGGAAGAUUUUUGUGUCUUGAAUUUAGCCAAGUACAAAAUCCUCUGGUUAGUUGGUUAUAUGAUAAAUAUUCAUUUCAAGUUAUACCUGUAAUGGGGCAAGUUAUUGCACGUGAUUGGAGAUCGUAUCAAUAUCUGGUGGAAAGCAUUCGUCAAUUUCCAUCCCAAUUUGAUAAACAAUAUAGAUAUUUCGUUACGUAAUUUUUAUCACGUUUGAGAAAAAAGAUUUGAUUGGUUACCAUUGGA